CUAGGUUAUAGUUUUAUUAUCUUGAUUCUUCAUUAUGGCUGCAAUGAAACUUUUUAAUUUAGCCAAAAAGGCCCCUGUUUUGUUAAGGCCUGCUGCCUGUACUGCUCCCAGUUUUCAGAGGCGAACAAAGUAUGUAUAUGUAAAUGAUAAGGAACCAUCAAUGGAAUGGAAAGACAUAACAGACAGAGCUGCAGUUGCUAUCUUCUGGACUGAAAUUGUUCGAGGUCAUCUUGUUGCUCUGGGUCAUCUAUUCAAGGAGCCAGCAACAAUCAAUUAUCCUUUUGAAAAAGGGCCUCUCAGUCCACGAUUUCGAGGAGAACAUGCUCUUAGAAGGUAUCCUUCUGGAGAAGAAAGAUGUAUUGCUUGUAAAUUAUGUGAGGCAAUAUGUCCUGCUCAGGCAAUCACUAUAGAAGCUGAAGAAAGAAGCGAUGGUAGCCGAAGGACUACCCGAUAUGAUAUUGAUAUGACUAAAUGUAUCUACUGCGGUUUUUGUCAAGAAGCCUGUCCUGUAGAUGCUAUUGUAGAGGGUCCAAAUUUUGAAUUCUCCACAGAAACACAUGAAGAAUUGUUGUAUAACAAAGAAAAGCUUCUCAGUAAUGGAGAUAAAUGGGAGUCUGAAAUUGCCUCUAAUAUCCAUGCUGAUCAUUUAUAUCGAUAAUUGAAUAGCGAUUGUCAUCUGUAGAUAUGUACCUUCAAGAAAAAGUUUUAUUUAAGGACUUUAUUUAUUGUUGUGAAAUAAUUUUAAUUUUUCUGUUAAAAAUCAUUUGUUUUCUUAUAAUAAAUUUAAAAUAAAUCUCAUAGGGAUUACUUAUUUCUGUUCGCUGCUGGCUUCAUGAGAUACACUUUAGUAGUGUUGUCUUGUCUCACAAUGUAUACUUUUAAUAGGCCAUGAUAUCCCUAGUAUAAAUACACUUUUCCUCUGUAACAUCUUAACACUAUGAACUAUGUUAUGUUUUAUUCUAUUGAAUUCAUCUUUUUAGAUUUACUGGCAUAAAAUGUAUGAUGCAUUAUUUUUUUUAUUACAUGUUAAUACUGAUAAUUAGUGUGGGUAACUUAAGAACUCCUUUUUUUUUCUUCUAGUAGAUAUAGUCCAGUAACAUUAAUGUUUGAUAGAGGGCGAACUUAACUGAUUUUUUUCUGCAUUGUUUAUAGUGUUGCCUAAUAAAUGAUCUAAGUUUUAAUUUUAUAUUGUCAAACAUUCUCAAAUAUUAAAAUAAGAAGGAAAUGUUCUUCUUUUAUUGGUGAUUUUUAACCUAAGUAACUUGCUUUUGAUAAAUCCAUGUUGGUAUGUUUUCAAAUUAGAGUAAAUGUGCUACAAUUCGAAUCUAUUAAUGCCAGUAGACCUAAAAGUUUCUGAAAUACAGCUUGUAAACAGUGGGGAUGGAAGAAAUUGAAUUAUGAAUGCUCAUUUUAAUAUCAGUCAAAAUGUAAACAAUUACCAUAAUAGUUUACAGUGUUACAAAACUAUUCUUUUGGAAGGUCCAAUAAAAAAAAUUAUAAUAAAAACAGAAGACUUUGUCCUCUCGGAGUCCCCAGUUGAGCAUCAUCAGUUUCUCAGGAACCUGCAGCAUAAUUGUCGAUUUCUUCUGUGAGAUAUCCUACAGCAUUUUGAUAUAGUGAGAUUGACACUUUCUAGAGAGUGGAAACCUUUAUUUAAUGUGAUGUCAUUUUUCUGGAGGCCCUCGCGUAGACUAAAGAGCAUUCCAACAAACAAGAAGUGUUUUGGAGCUGUGUACAUGCCACUGCUCCUAUCUUGGGGCUGAGCCCUUGUAAGGUCAACAUCAACUUCCUCCAGGCAAAUGCACUGAAAGCUAUAAAUAAGAGGUAUUAAAAAUGUAGAGGUGGUUCAUUUGUGGGUUUCCUAAAACUUCAAUGCCCAUUGAAAUAUGGGAGGAGGACAAUCUGAAGAAAAUGGCUGAUUGGAUGGAAUUUCCUACAAAACAUAAAAAUUUUUUAUUUUGGAACAGGUAUACUCAUACCCUCCAUAGUCUUGGGCUCAAGCCUCCUCUACUCCAUAUAGAUUGCUCUCCUCUUUAUAUAAAUAGUGCAAGUGAAAGUAAAAUUAAAACAAUUCUGUC